AUGACAUCGUUUCUUUUGGCUAUGAAUGAAAUUGAACCUGGGCUAUUCCUCAGCGGAAUAAUCGCUGCAAACAAUAGAGACCUUGUGAUGUCUAAAGGAAUUAACAGCAUCGUAUCAGUUAUUUCUGAUGCAACUAUUGGAAAUAAGCAUCCAGAUAUAAAUUAUUACACAAUUAGAAUCGAUGAUCUUCCAAUGGAAAAUAUUACUGUAUAUUGCAAGCCUAUUUUUGGCUGAACUUAUAAAAUAGCCAACAUAUAUAAUAGCUGGAUUUUUCAUAUUAAGAUACAGCCUUAGCCAAUCCUAAAUGAUUUGGAUAUGACAGGCUAAAGACAAGCCAAAAAGAAACUCACCCUAUACAUAUCCCAGGAGCUAUAAAGUUCAUCCAUCAAGAAAUGACAAGAGGAAAAAGAGUCCUUGUACACUGUGCAGCUGGGAUUUCUAGAAGCUCUUCUAUUAUGGUCGCCUAUUUCAUGGCUAAAUACAACGAAAGCUUUGAUGAAGCUUUAGCAAGAGUACGACGAGGACGACCAGUUGCAUGGCCUAACCAAGGCUUUGAAACCCAGCUGAGAAGAUUAGAUAUAAACUUCUUAAGAUCUUGUCUGACUAAUGGACUUGAAAUUUCUGUCAGAUCUUCUUAA